CAACUCCACCUCGGACACACCAGAAAUUCACGACAACAUGGCUGACGCAGAAGCAGCACCGGCACAGUACAAGCAGCCCAGUCGCAAGGGCAAGAAGGCCUGGCGCAAAAAUGUCGACGUUACGCAGAUCCAAUCCGGGCUCAAAGAAGUGCGGGAACAGAUAAUUCAAGGUGGUGUCGUUGCGGAAAAGCCCUCGGAUCAGCUCUUCGCCGUCGACACAAUUGGCUCAGCCGACAUCCAGAAAGAAGUAGCCCGCCGUCACAAGCCCCUCAAGGUCGACGAGAUCCUCGCCCAGCGCUCUGCCGUCCCCGCAGUCGAUUCCCGCAAGCGACUAGCAGACCUCGACAGCGAGGGCAAAAGAAAAAAGGCAAAGGUCUCGGGCAAGGAAUACGACAGGCUGAGGGCCAUCGCAUAUGGAGGCGAGCAGGUGCAGAAGGAUGUCGUGCAGACUGGCAGCGCUGAAUACGACCCGUGGGCCGUGCAGGAAGUCAAGGACGACCCCAAGUUUUCUUUCCUCGAGAAGAAAAAGUUGAAGGUCGAGCCAUCCACACUGAAGCGCGCGCCCAUCUCCAUGGCCAGGGACGGAAAGAUCAUCCCCGCAGUGCGCAAGCCCGCCGCGGGGAAAUCAUACAACCCCGACUUCCAGGCCUGGCAAGAACUCCUCACACGCGAAGCAGACAAGGCUGUUGAGGCUGAGAAGAAGCGCCUGCAGGAAGCCCGCGAAGAAGCCGAGCGCAUGGAGCGUGCCGCCGUCGAAUCCGAGUCCGACUCUGGCGAGGAGAGUGUAUGGGAGAGCGAGUGGGAAGGCUUCAGUGACAACGAAAAUAGCGAGCUGAAGAAGAAGAGGCCAGAGAGGAAGACACCCGCACAACGCAACAAGAUCAAGAGGAGAAAAGACGCAGAGAGGCUGGCAACACACGAGGCGAAAGUCAAAGCCAAGGACCAGCAAGUGCAAAAGAUCAAAGAGUUGGCCAAGAGUGUGGCAGAAAAGGAGAAGGCGAGAGCUACCGCGAAGGAGAUCCUAGCCAAGAUGGACAAAGCAAAUGAACCUCUUUCAGACGACGAUGGCGAGGAGGAGGAAUUGAGGAGGAGAACCCUCGGCAAGGCACCUAUCCCCGACGCCAUGCUCGAAGUCGUUCUUCCCGAUGAACUCCGUGACUCUCUCCGUCUCCUCAAACCAGAAGGCAACUUGCUCAAAGACCGAUUCAGGAGCAUGAUCCUCCGCGGCAAGGUCGAGCCGAGGAAGCAGAUUGGAGAAGGCAAGAAGAGGAAAUACACCGUGUCGGAGAAGUGGAGCUACAAGGACUGGGAGCUCAACAAGAAAUAGAUCAAUACUUCGGAGGGGUUGGACGGAUGGAAAAAGUUUCAAGAUAUAUACCCGUUUACGUCUUCCUGACUGUUCUUGUGCGAACUUGCUAUCUGGCUCUUGUGCUCCUGUGCUCCUAUGAUGUUGGUCGCGCUGGGAAGCUCCGUGUCUUCUCUCUUCACCUUUCCCCAUGGUAUUCUCUGCAUCCUAUGUUUGU